AUGGAAGAGAUCACACGGAGGAGCAAGAAGACUUCAGUUGAGAGCGAUGAGUCAGCAGGGCCAGUAGUCAUUAAAGCUAAACGCAAACGCCGAUCGCAACCACGAGAAGCUCCUCCGCAACGCAGCUCCGUCCAUAGAGGCGUCACCAGGCAUCGAUGGACUGGAAGGUACGAAGCACAUUUGUGGGAUAAGAAUAGUUGGAACGAGACUCAGACCAAAAAAGGAAGACAAGGUGCAUAUGACGAAGAAGAUGCAGCAGCACGUGCCUACGACUUAGCAGCAUUGAAAUAUUGGGGACGAGACACCGUCUUGAACUUCCCUUUGUGUAAUUAUGAAGAAGACAUCAAAGAAAUGGAAAGCCAGUCAAAGGAAGAGUACAUUGGAUCUUUGAGAAGGAAAAGUAGUGGGUUUUCACGUGGUGUGUCAAAAUAUAGAGGCGUUGCAAAGCAUCACCAUAAUGGGAGAUGGGAAGCUCGAAUUGGAAGAGUGUUUGGCAACAAAUAUCUAUAUCUUGGAACCUACGCUACACAAGAAGAAGCGGCCAUAGCGUAUGAUAUAGCAGCAAUCGAGUACCGUGGACUUAACGCCGUUACUAACUUCGAUAUCAGCCGUUAUCUGAAACUCCCGGCGCCAGAGAACCUUACUGACGCCGCGAAUCAUCCCCUGGAGGAGAUCCCGCCGUCUGAUCUGAGCCCGUUUAUAAACCCAAACCACGAGUCGGAGUUAGCACAGAGCCAAUCUUCGUCGGGCGAAAAAGAUGAUCGGAAAACAAAGAUCUUAAAGUCGUCACCUUUGAAUGCAGAAGAGGUGAUAGGACCAUCGACGCCUCCGGAGAUUGUUCCGCCUCGUCGGAGUUUCCCGAAAGAUAUACAGACGUAUUUUGGGUGUCAAAACUCCGGCAAGUUAACGACGGAGGAAGAUGACGUGAUAUUCGGUGGUUUAGAUUCGUUCCUUACGCCUGAUUUCUACAGUGAGUUAGAUGGUUGCUAA